UAGAAUAGGAAACCUGGCUUCCCUAAGCAAGAAGGAAUUCUCCAGCAAACUGCCUUCAAACUCCACCUGUACCAUCGCUUCUCUUGGGUCAUCAGCCUGACAUCCACUGUGGAUUUGUACUUGCCAGACUCCAUAAUCAGGUCAGAGGACUCAAAAGGAUGAAAGGUCACACCUGUGUCAAAAGGGGCUGCCCUUUCCUGGCCAAGUCUCUUUUAUUCUCUUAGGGCUGCAACCCCUUCACCUGGGAAAUGGAUGCUCCAGUGAUUUACAAGGGCAGGAUGCAGGCUGAAGGCACACCUCCUACCCAGGACACACCUUUCCAGUGGCAGAGAUUAAAAAAAAAAGUGCCUGACUGACAGACGUCUUUGCCCCCGGGGUGCUGGUGUGGACAGAGGAGGGGGAGGCCGUCUGGGAGCUGGAAAGCAGAAGCCACGCAGAUUUCUAGUCCUGGUUCUGCUGCUAACUUGGCUGCUGUUAGUACCUGCCUCCUAGUUGUCUUGGUGAGGAUUAAUGAGGUAGCUCAUGCAAGGGACUUAUCAGAGAGCCUGUCACAUACUGAGCACUCAGUAAAGGCGUGCUGGUCACCAUGACAACAGAGACAGGCCCUGAUUCUGAGGUGAAGAAGGCACAGGAGGAGGCCCCACAGCAGCCUGAGGCCGCUGCUGCUGUGACCACCCCUGUGACCCCUGCAGGCCACGGCCACCUGGAGGCCAACUCCAAUGAGAAGCAUCCGCCCCAGCAGGACACUCGGCCUGCUGAACAGAGCCUAGACAUGGAGGAGAAGGACUACAGUGAGGCUGAUGGCCUGUCAGAGAGGACCACGCCCAGCAAGGCCCAGAAAUCACCCCAGAAGAUUGCCAAGAAAUACAAGAGUGCCAUCUGCCGAGUCACUCUGCUUGAUGCCUCCGAGUAUGAGUGUGAGGUGGAGAAACAUGGCCGGGGCCAGGUACUAUUUGACCUGGUCUGUGAGCACCUCAACCUCCUGGAAAAGGACUACUUUGGCCUGACCUUCUGUGAUGCGGACAGCCAAAAGAACUGGCUGGACCCCUCCAAGGAAAUCAAGAAGCAGAUCCGGAGCAGCCCCUGGAAUUUUGCCUUCACAGUCAAGUUCUACCCCCCUGACCCUGCCCAGCUGACGGAAGACAUCACAAGAUACUACCUGUGCCUGCAGCUGCGGGCAGACAUCAUCACGGGCCGGCUGCCCUGCUCUUUUGUCACGCAUGCCCUGCUGGGCUCCUAUGCUGUGCAGGCUGAGCUAGGUGACUAUGAUGCUGAGGAGCAUGUGGGCAACUAUGUCAGCGAGCUCCGCUUCGCCCCUAACCAGACCCGGGAGCUGGAGGAAAGGAUCAUGGAGCUACACAAAACAUACAGGGGCAUGACCCCAGGAGAAGCAGAAAUCCACUUCCUAGAGAACGCCAAGAAGCUUUCCAUGUAUGGAGUAGAUCUGCACCAUGCCAAGGACUCUGAGGGCAUCGACAUCAUGUUAGGUGUCUGUGCCAAUGGCCUGCUUAUCUACCGGGACCGGCUGAGAAUCAAUCGCUUCGCCUGGCCCAAGAUUCUCAAGAUCUCCUACAAGAGGAGUAACUUCUAUAUCAAGAUCCGGCCGGGGGAGUAUGAGCAGUUUGAAAGCACUAUUGGCUUUAAGCUCCCAAACCACCGGUCAGCCAAGAGACUAUGGAAGGUCUGCAUCGAGCAUCACACAUUCUUCCGGCUGGUGUCCCCUGAGCCUCCACCCAAGGGCUUCCUGGUGAUGGGCUCUAAGUUCCGGUAUAGUGGGAGGACACAGGCACAGACCCGCCAGGCCAGUGCCCUCAUCGACCGGCCUGCACCCUUCUUUGAGCGCUCCUCCAGCAAACGGUACACCAUGUCUCGCAGCCUUGAUGGAGCAGAGUUCUCCCGCCCAGCCUCGGUCAGCGAGAACCACGAUGCAGGGGCUGAUGGUGACAAGCGGGAGGAGGAUGGCGAGUCUGGGGGGCGGCGGUCAGAGGCUGAGGAAGGAGAGGUCAGGACCCCCACCAAGAUCAAGGAGCUGAAGCCGGAGCAGGAAACCACGCCGAGACACAAGCAGGAGUUCUUAGACAAGCCAGAGGACGUCUUGCUGAAGCACCAGGCCAGCAUCAAUGAGCUCAAGAGGACCCUGAAAGAACCCAACAGCAAACUCAUCCACCGGGAUCGAGACUGGGAGCGGGAGCGUAGGCUGCCCUCCUCACCCGCCUCCCCAUCCCCCAAGGGCACCCCUGAGAAAGCCAAUGAGUCCCAGAGGACCCAGGACACCUCUCAGCAGGACUUGGUACCUGAGCCUGGAGCAGCCGCAGGCUUGGAAGUGUUCACUCAGAAAAGCCUCGCAGCGUCUCCUGAGGGUUCAGAGCAUUGGGUAUUUAUAGAAAGAAAGUACACUAGGCCAGAAGAACUCUGUCUCCUAAGAGUGGCUACCACGCAGCAGGAAGAAAGUGAGGCAGGCCUUGCUGAUAUCCUUGCUGAUGGCAGACUCUCCAAGGUAGAUGUUCUGGUGGACAAAUUCAAAGUUGAAGUAGCGACAGAAGAAAUGGUGGGAACCAGAAGAGCAAACACACAGCAGCGAGGGAGAAUGAUCGCAAGUCCUGAAGACUUUGAGUCAGUGUGGGAGGAAGGCCUCUGGGUCAAGGAAGGGCCUGGAGGGGCUGCCCCAGCUGCAGGCUGCACAUUGGCAAAAAAGCUCCUGGAAGGGUCUGAGCUUGGGGCAGAUACCAGGAAGGCCACCAUCAGGAACCACUGCAUCUCAGACAGUCAGCUGGAGGGCCAAACAGAGCUGAGGAAGGGGCUGGAAGAGCUCCAGACCUGUGGGAGACCCACUGCCCCAGGGACUAGGCCAGCAGAGGUAGAUGUCUCCUCUCCAGCCUCAGACAAGGGAGGACUGCAGUCGUUUCUAUUGGAUCCAGCCCACAUGGAAGCCAGAGCCGACUCAAGUGAUGAAACCGAUACCUCCUUUGCAGAGAGGAGCUUCUAUUUAAACUAUGGAGAGAACUCAGAAGACCAUGCUCCCCCUCCAUCCCUGGAGGAGAGAGAAGAGCACCUGGAUGCCCCUUUUGGAGAUGAGACCAGACUGGAGCUGAAUUCCUCAGACCUGGGGAGUUCUGCCGCAGAUUCCAGCAGGAACAAGGAUGAAGCCCACACAGCUUCCUCAGAGGAAGAAGCAGAGCUGUUCAAGAACCAUGGAAGACCAGCUGAUCUGAAGGGACCCUCUCCAGAGCAGACAUUUACUGAGGAAUGGGAAGAAGCCCAGUGGGGGACAAAAGGAGAGUUUACCCACCCAACAGCCAGUGCAGCUAAAGAGUUAGAGGGCCUUGUGAGUGGAGAUUUGUCAGGAAAAGCUGAGAAAAGUCCCCCAGCACGAUUGAAGAACCACUCGUCUCAUGGAAGAGGGGAUGUGCAUCCAGACACCCAGGUGUGCGCCCUUCCAUGGGCCAUCCCUCCGAAUGUCAGGAAGCCAGGCAAACUGGACAGAGGCAACUUCCUAUUCAAAGAGAGGGGAGCAGUUCACACCCAGACAGGAAGACCUGAGAUGGAGGACCGUGAGGCCUCAGCAUUUCUUCACAUGGAGGUGAUCAUCCCUCUGCCAGCCUCCCCUGAUCACUUGGAGGCUUUGGAAGCUCUGGAGGAAGCUUCUCCAAGCCUAGCCCCUCAUGGGUCAGGGAAGCCUUCGGAGCUCAAGGAUCCCUUUGGAGAACAGUCCCCUGUAUUCCUCAAACAUAUCCAUCCUUCUAAAGAGAGUCCAGAGCCCAAGGACCAAGUAGGGUUGGUUGUGCCUUUUGAUACAGGAGGUGAGCGCAGGGCACCUCCUGUCACCAGCAGAAAGCCCAGAGUUAUCCCUGAAGAUGCUGAGGGGGCCAUACCCCUGGGGUUGGUGCUCACUUCGGGGAAACAAAAGAUGACCUCUUUCCAGGCUGGUGGCCAAGAGGGCUCCCUGGAAGAUAUUAGCAAGACCUCAGUGGCCAAUAAAAUCCGGAUAUUUGAGACCCAUGGAGCUGAAACUCACCGAGCGAGUCAGGGUGAAACAAGAGCCCUUCUAAAUGAGGUGUCUUCAGAGGCCCCCACGGGACAGGUAGAGCAACAGCGAAAUAAGCUUUUAGACUUGGGCUUUGUUCAACUCCAGCCCCCAGGGGACUUUACCAGCCCCAAAGCUACACAUUCCCCAAUGAUGCCUCUGGCUACCAGACACUUCGGGGAGGGCGGUUCCACUGCAUCCCACCAGGAAGGACGCACAGAACUAGAACUCAUGUCCCCCGAUUCAGGCUGUGAAACCACGCUGGAGGAAACUACUGGGAACAAAUCCGGAGAUGCGAUCAGGGGAGAGACACGCUUCACCAGCUUAGCAGCGAACACCCCUGGAAAGGGGGGGCACCUGAGAUUCGCCAGCCCCUCAGGCCCUCAGAGAGCAGGGCUCAGGGAGGGCUCGGAGGAGAAAGUCAAACCACCACGUCCCCGGGCCCCAGAGAGUGACACAGGAGAUGAGGACCAGGACCAGGAGAGGGACGCGGUGUUCCUGAAGGACAACCACCUGGCCAUUGAGCGCAAGUGCUCCAGCAUCACGGUCAGCUCCACGUCCAGCCUGGAGGCUGAGGUGGACUUCACGGUUAUUGGUGACUACCACGGCAGCGCCUUUGAAGACUUCUCCCGCAGCCUGCCUGAGCUUGACCGAGACAAAAGCGACUCAGAAACCGAGGGCCUGGUGUUCGCCCGGGAUCUCAGCAAGGGGCACCCCAGCCAAGAUGAUGAGUCUGGGGGCAUCGAGGACAGCCCGGAUCGAGGGGCCUGUUCCACCCCGGAUAUGCCCCAGUUUGAGCCUGUGAAAACAGAAACCAUGACUGUCAGCAGUCUGGCCAUCAGAAAGAAGAUUGAGCCAGAGGCUGUACUGCAGACCAGGGUCACCACUGUGGACAGCACACAGCAGGUUGAUGGGAGUACCUCGGUGGGGAAGGAGUUCAUAACAACCACUCCCUCCAUCACCACGGAGACCAUAUCAACCACCAUGGAGAACAGUCUCAAGUCCGGGAAGGGGGCAGCUGCCAUGAUCCCAGGCCCACAGACGGUGGCCACGGAAAUCCGUUCUCUUUCUCCGAUCAUCGGGAAAGAUGUCCUCACCAGCACCUACGGCGCCACUGCGGAAACCCUCUCAACCUCCACCACCACCCAUGUUACCAAAACUGUGAAAGGAGGGUUUUCUGAGACAAGGAUUGAGAAGCGAAUCAUCAUUACUGGGGACGAAGAUGUUGAUCAAGACCAGGCUCUGGCUUUGGCCAUCAAGGAGGCCAAACUGCAGCAUCCAGAUAUGCUGGUAACCAAAGCUGUCGUAUACAGAGAAACAGACCCAUCCCCGGAGGAGAGGGACAAGAAGCCACAGGAAUCCUGACCUCUGUGAAGAGAUGCUGGCAUUUCUGGUCCAACCCAAGCCAGAGAACCAUUAAGAAGGGGCCUUCAUUCUGGAUUCUCCAACGCAACACCGACGUCCCAGCUGCGACGUACUGUCACUGAUGAGAGACUGGGAAGGGAAAAGCAUAUAUAUAUAGAUAUAUAUAUAGAUAUAGUUAUAUAUACAGGAAACACCGCGUCCUUGCACUGCUGCUGGGGCUGGCAGAGCAGUCGGCCAACAGCACCAACCAACAUCUGAACACCUACUUUUCCUUUGCAGACAAAUUGAAGAAUUGGUGGGAUUUUUCAGGAAAAAACAAAUUAUAAUAACCAUAAUCCCUCGCAGCCCCCUCUCUCCUGCCAAAUAACAAAAGCAAGCCAGACCACGAUGAUUGUAGAAGUCCCGCACCACCCUGGUUCUGCACGUUAUGGUUAGCGGAUGAACUUUCCAUUCGUUCUUCUCCAACAUCUGUUGCCCACUCGAAUGCAAAGGAAAACACUCAUGCAGCAAAGCAAGAGAAGUUGCAGCAGCAAGACAUGCACAGUCAACCAUUUUCUGAGAAAGAAAAAAAAUUCCCCACUCGGAAAUGAGGAGGAGGAACACUGGAUUAUUAUUUUCUGGGUCUUGACACUGGGCUGCAAAAUCCACCUUCCUUUCUUCCGCCUCCCCUCCCCCUCGACUCUCACAUGUCUUGUCAUUUUCUGUCUCAGUUCCCUCCUCCCCUUCUCUCUCCCCCUCUGUGUCCUGGUCCCACUGAGGGCCACUGCAGAUGACUCUCCUUUGAAACGAGAAAAAGAAAAGAAAGCAGGAACAGAAAACUAAGCCACAGGAAGGGAAGUAGACAUUGUAUGUUUAUGGUUUCUCAUUAUGAAGGUGCAGCUUGUAGGAGAUUUGUAUGGAUGUGCUUUUAAGUUAUGUAUAUUACAUAUAACAGGAAACAAAUAUUAAAAUAAACAGUGCUGGUAAGUAUGAAGCUGACAUUUUAAAAUU